AGGGAAAGGAAGCAGCUGAUCUUUGGUCACAUGAUGUUGUUAGCCAGAGCUGAGGAGCACCAGAAUCAGAGCUGAAUCAGAGCCCUCAUCACUCCCUGCGCUAAAAGACACGUGCAGCUGACACACCACCAACCACUAGACAGAAUGUCUUACGGGUCCAUUGACGGAGGCUCCUUUGGCAGUCGCAACCCUUUUGGUGGUCCUACAAGGCAGGGUUACCAGCCAGUAGCCACACAGGUGAGCCCGUCAGAACUUCAAGAUGUGUUUCAGGAGACCUCCUCCAAUGUCUUUCAGAUUAAUGCCAAUGUCGUCACACUAGAGAAGAAUCUUCAGUCGCUGGGAACAUCUAGAGACACAGCAGAGCUGCGACAGAGUCUACACUCACUGCAGCAGCAAACCAAUAAAGUCAUCACCAGCACAAGCCAGCUCAUCAAGCAGCUCUCUGAUAUCAUCAGCGGCUCUUCACGGCAAGACCGUCUGCGCCUGACCAGACUAAAGACUGAGCUGUCGGAGUCUGUGCAGCGCUAUGGGGACCUGCAGAAGAAAAUUGCAGAGCGCUCGAGGGCCUUGCUUCCUCCGGCACAGAAAGACAAGAACAAGAGUCCUCAGACUCCAUCCACCGAGCAGGCGGAGGAGGGCCAGCUGUUCGGAGACGUGGCAGGCUUAGAUGGAGGCGCUCAGGCUUUCCUGUCAGAGAUCAGCGAGGAGGACGUGGAGGUGCUGCGCCAAAGAGAAGAGGCCCUGCUGCAGAUUGAAAGAGACAUGCUGGAUGUCAGUCAAAUCAUGAAGGAUCUGGCCAGUAUGGUCCACGAACAAGGAGACACCAUAGACAGCAUUGAAGACUACAUCCAGACCACGUCGUCUAAUGUGGAAUCAGCCAAUCAGGAGCUUGCAAAGGCCAACCAGUACCAGAGGCAGCUAAGGAAGAGGAAGUGUUACCUCCUAGUGGCUGGAGCAGUUGUCCUCAUCAUCCUCGUCAUCAUCAUUGCUGUUUCAGCAAGAAAAUGAGAAUGUGGCCACUGUGUACCUGCAUUUUACAGUAAGAAUCAGCUCCAGUGCCCCACAUGGAUCCAAACAAGAAGUGUUCAGGCACAAUAGUUAUAGUUAAAUUGUUGUAUGCAUUAAAAUGUUUUUAAACUUUUAAAUUAUGUGUAGAGCAAGUAAAAUGCUGUGACCUGUGUAAACGGCUGGAAUGAGUGAAUGUGUUUUGGUUUGUCAACAGUGAACUUCUGCACUAGUUUCCUAAAUAUUUUUUAUCAUGUUUUUCCUCAAAUGACAUUGACUUUAAGAUUAAUGAAUUAAAUUUUAAAUUAAAUUCCCACACAUUAAAACGCCUCACUCUCUUUACCUCAAAUGUUCUGAGACUGAGAAUUCCACAGUGGCUUUCUGUUUGCCAAGCCGUGACAUCAUCAGUCAGAAGAGGCUGUAAACACAAACUCUUCUACAGUAAGUAGAAAUACAGACUGGUCGUAUGCGCUGGUCGGGGCCAAAGAACCUUCCUGCAAACGUUCUCUGGCUUCUAAAUGUGGAAAAACUUUGUGCCAAACAGAUUAUCCAGUUUAUCCAUCUGUUCACAGCCACUGCUUAAUUUUCCCAUCACAUUUUAUGCUUUCAUAAAAUAUUAUGUUAUCUUUGCACACUCUAGGCUGCAGUAGGUUAUAAAUGUUGGUGAGUGAGUCCACAAAAACAUUCAUUUUUAUGUUGUUAUAUAUCUUGGAAAUCAAAUUAUAGAAUCUUUUAAGACUUUUAGAAAGACAUACAAACAAAAAUAUUGUCGUACAAUUAAGACAAUACGUUUACCAUAACCACUCACUUCAACUGCUUCUCCACUGUCAAAUCACAGUAUCCAAUAGUUUUAAAUUUUUAAGCAGUGACUUUUUUUUAUAUUGAUGCAAGCGAUGUUGUGCAUGAGUAUUGUAAUAAACACAAAAGGCUAAAUAUUGAACUCCAAACCUGGUGUGUUGGAUAUGCAUGCAGCAGAGCGCUGGUGGUGACCUGUAGCUGCUGUAAUUGUCCAGCAACACCAGUCAACUCUGAAACAGGUUUGACCUGCUGUGCCCAUACCUCCUCCCACAUCUACUGUAUAGUGGACAUGAAGAGACACCUCUUACCUCGGAAGUAAUGGCGGCUGCUAUACACGAGCAGACAAGCUGAGACUGGUGUCGGCCUUUUUCAGAAUAAAUUCUGUUUACACAGUUUGCUGCAGUGUCCCGUAUGAUUCUCAUUGUCUCGUGGAAGGAACAGAUUAAAAUAAUCCACACUACAGUCAUGUGAAAAACCUAAAAGACACUUAAAGUAGCGGCUUUUAAUAAUGGCUGCAAGGUCAGGCACUAAAUCAGUAAUACUGUAAACAUCAUCAAAGUUACACCUGUAGGUCACAGCCGCUGCCAUUUGAUACCGAAGUGGGAUGUAACUCAUUCCAGUCUAAUUUCAUUCACGGCCAAAAAUUCUUUCUUGAGAAACGUUUCAUUUUGUUUUUUCCUGUGAAACUCAAUACAAGAUGUCUCCGCUUGCGUAAAGUAUUGAUCGUCACCUAUUUUCCUUUGGGUGGCGAAAAAUGGAAAUCCUGUGGAACAAAGCCUUCUAUUCAUAAAAUAGUGGGCGGAAUCGAUGCUCCUGUGGUGAGUGGCCCAUGUUGUGGCUCAGCAGUAGGUGUGUUGACACUCAAAUGGCGAGACACAACCAGUUACCACAGCAAGACAGUCUGUGAGCUAUAAAAAGAAACGAGCAAUUGUCAGGUUGCUUUUGCUGUAUACAACUUUUAAAAAAAGUUUUAUUCUUGUUCAUCUUUGCAAAAACAGAUAAUACAAAUGAGUACUAUUGAUUUUGUUUUGCUAUGGUCAAGAUUUUUUGGCGUCUCAUAAUAAGACUUAAGAAUUUAUUGGGUUUUUGAUGCUCCUUUAAAGUACUUUGAGGUGACUUUAAUUGUCAAAUUGUGUACAAAGUACAUUUGUCCCUUGGCAAACUUUUCAGAUCCCACAUACAAAAUUGCUGUAGACACCAACUGUUGAUGCUUGGGUUCAAUUGUACAGUGUUUCUGAGGGGAUCUCUACACAGGACAAGCAGCAUCAUCUGAAGCCCUGAGGAGUGUGUGGCUCAGCCUUUACGAUUUUGACUAGUCUUUGCCCCUUACUGAUUUCAUUUUUUCACACUCACACUUUAAUGUGUCUGAUUAUCAAAGAAAUUCAAUUAUUAGUCAAAGAAAACACAGGCAAACACACUAUGCAGUUUUCAAAUGAAGGUUUUUAUUAUUAAGGGUAAAAAUAAAUGAAAAACUACAUUUUACUGUGUGAAAAAGUCUUUGCCCCCUAAACCUAAUAACUGGUUGGGCCACUCUUAGCAGCAACAACUGCAGUCAAGCGUUUUCAUACUGUAACUUGCAAUGAGUCUCUUACAGUACAGCACUGUGGAGGAAUUUUGGCCCACUCAUCUUUGCAGAAUUGUUGUAAUUUAGCCACAUCGAAGGGUUUUCAGAGGGUUUUGAACCUCCAGUUUAAGGUCAUGCCACAGCAUGUCAAUUCUCUGAAUUCUGAUUCAGAUGAGAACUUUGACUAGGCCACUCCAAAGUCUUUUUGUUUUUCUUUAGCCAUUCAGAAGUGGACUUGUUGGUACACUUUGGAUCAUUGUCCUGCUACAGAAUUCAAGUUCAUGAAGUCCUGAACAGAUGGCCGGACAUUCUCCUUCAGGAUGUUUUGGUACAGAAUUGAAUGUGUAUAGAAUUCAUGAUUUCAUAUAUCACAGCAACUCUUCCAGGGCCUGACGCAGCAAAACAGCCCCAGACCAUCACACUACCACCACCAUAUGUUACUGUUGGUAUGAUGUUCUUUCUCUGAAAUGGGGUGUUACCUUUAUGCCACACAUACUGUAAUAGGACACAUACCUUCCAAAAAGUUCAACUUUUGUCUCUCCAGGCCACAGAGUAUGUUCCCAAAAGUCAUGAGAAUCAUCAAGAUGUUUUCUGGCAAAACUAAGACGAACCUUUUUGUUAAUUUUGCUCAGCAGUAGUUUUCGUCUUGGAACCCUGCCAUGCAAACUAUUUUUGCCCAGCCUAUUUUCUUAUGAUGGAGCCAUGGACACUCACCUUAACUGAGGCAAGGGAGGCCUGCAGUUCUUUGGAUGUUGUUGUGGGGUCUCUUGUGACCUAUUUGAUGAGUUGUCACUGCUCUUGGAGUAAUUCUGGUCGCCGGCCACUCCUGGGAAGGUUCUUCACUGUUUUAGUGUUACAUGUUUUAGGCAUUCGAUAAUAGCUCUCACUGUGGUUUGCUGCAGUCCCAAAGCUUUAGAAAUGGCUUUAUAACCUUUUACAGACUAAUAAAUCUCAUUUAUUCUCUUUCUCAUUUCUUUUUAAAUGUCUUUGGAUCUCGCCAUGAU